CUGCCGUCGGAGUCUAAAAGCGUGUUUUCGGAGAUCAGACAUCGGAUCUUGCUCACGCGGUGACCCUCUGCCCAGCCACCGCACGCUCUAACUAAGCCCGGUUUGCUUUGCCAUCGACCACCACAGCGACGACGGACGGACGCGUUCACCGAUAGCUUCGCCACCAUGGAGAGCAUCUUGGACUUCUCGCGGGAGUUCGAUGUCUCGGUCAUGGACAAUGUGGUCAUCGCGUUCUACUCAGGGUCAGGACAGGAACAACAACUGGCCCAGCAAGUCUUGACGCAGUUCCAGGAGAACCCGGACGCAUGGACGAGAGUCCCUGACAUCCUCGAGCGGUCAUCCUUCCCUCAGACAAAAUACAUCGGACUACAGAUCUUGGAGAAGUUGAUCACGACAAGGUGGAAGUCCCUUCCGGAUGGCCAACGGCAAGGUAUACGAAAUUUCGUGGUCGGCAUCAAUGUCAAGGUGGCGUCCGAUGAGGCGACGAUGCGGAGGGAGAAGACGUAUCUGAAUAAGCUGAACCUGGCACUAGUUCAGGUCCUCAAACAGGAGUGGCCACACAACUGGCCAUCAUUCAUCACAGAGCUCGUCGAAUCUUCAAAAACGAACCUCUCACUUUGCGAGAACAACAUGAUCAUCCUAAAGCUCUUGUCGGAAGAGAUCUUCGACUUCUCCGCCGAGCAAAUGACACAAGCAAAAGUGAAGCACUUGAAGAACCAAAUGUGUGGCGAGUUCUCGGAAAUCUUCAAACUAUGCUCCGAGAUUUUGGAGGAGGCUCAGAAGACGUCCUUGAUCAAGGUCACUCUGGAGACGCUGCUGAGAUUUCUGAAUUGGAUUCCUCUUGGCUACAUAUUCGAGACAACUAUCAUCGACCUUCUGCUCAACAGGUUCCUCGAGGCCCCCGAGUUCCGCAAUAUCACGCUCAAGUGCCUCGCCGAAAUCGCGGCUCUCAAUGUCGGCCCCGAAUACGACCCCAAAUUCGUCAUCUUGUUCGCUAUGGUCAUGACGUCUGUGAACCGAAUGAUCCCUCCCAGCACGAACAUCGCUGCAGCAUACUCGGCCGCAGGUGACGCCGGACAGGAGUUGGUUCUCAACCUCGCCUUGUUCUUGUCGAACUUCCUGCAAAAUCACCUGCGCGCCGUAGAAACGGAGGCGAAUCGCGACGUGUUGUUGAACGCGCAUCUCUAUAUGGUGAAGAUCUCGCAGGUUGACGAACGGGAGAUCUUUAAGAUCUGUUUGGAAUAUUGGCUCAAGCUGGUUUCCGAGCUGUACGAGGAGAUUCAGGCGCUUCCCAUCGGCGAGAGUGGCUUGCUCAUGGGCCUCAGCCUUGGGUCGAGCCAAAGCAUGCUCAACGGGAUUUCUCUCCGAAAGAACAUCUACAGCGAUGUACUUUCGAACUUGCGCUUAGUCGUGAUUGAGAAGAUGGUCAAGCCUGAAGAGGUGCUCAUCGUCGAAAACGAGGAAGGCGAGAUAGUCCGUGAGUUCAUGAAGGAGAGCGACACCAUUGUCCUCUACAAGUCCAUGCGCGAACUGCUCGUCUACCUGACGCAUCUCGACGUAAACGACACGGAGAACAUCCUGACAGAAAAGCUUGCCAAACAAGUGGACGGCUCAGAGUGGUCAUGGCAGAACCUCAACACGCUCUGCUGGGCCAUUGGCUCGAUCUCCGGUGCUAUGAACGAGGAGACGGAGAAGCGCUUCCUUGUCACAGUUAUCAAGGACUUGCUAGGUCUCUGUGAGAUCAAGCGGGGAAAGGACAACAAGGCUGUUGUCGCGUCAGAUAUCAUGUAUAUCGUCGGACAAUACCCUCGCUUCCUCAAAGCACACUGGAAGUUCUUGAAGACUGUCGUCAAUAAGCUCUUCGAGUUCAUGCAUGAGACACACGAAGGUGUGCAAGACAUGGCGUGCGAUACGUUCAUCAAGAUCGCACAGAAGUGCAGGCGGCACUUCGUCAUGCAACAGUCGGGAGAGUCAGAGCCGUUUGUCGAUGAGAUCCUGCGGUCAUUACACCGAAUCACAGUCGAUCUCGCCCCUCAGCAGGUCCACACAUUCUAUGAAGCUGUGGGGUAUAUGAUCUCGGCGACGCCGAACAAGCCGCAGCAAGAAAAGCUGAUCGCCAAGCUGAUGGAGCUACCGAACAACGCUUGGGAUUCUUUGAUGCAGCAGGCAGCACAGAACAUGGACGUACUGUCGAGCGACGAUAACAUCAAGAUUCUCUCGAACGUACUCAAGACCAACGUCGCGGCAUGUACAUCGAUUGGCAGCUUCUACCUGCCGCAGAUCGGCCGUGUAUUCCUCGACAUGUUGGGCUUGUACAAGGCCGUCAGUGGUAUCAUUAGCGAAAGCGUGGCGCGCGAAGGCUUGAUUGCUACGAAGACGCCGAAAGUUCGGCACUUGCGGACCAUCAAGAAGGAGAUCUUGAAGCUCAUGGAGACGUUCAUCAAGAAGGCCGAGGAUCUCGAGGCCGUGAACAUGAACUUCAUGCCUCCUCUACUCGAUGCUAUCCUCGGCGACUACAACCGGAAUGUGCCUGCAGCUCGCGAUGCGGAGGUCUUGAAUGUCAUGGCGACUAUCAUCGGACGCCUCGGGCCACUGCUCACGCCCCAAGUACCCGCAAUUUUGGAGGCCGUGUUUGAGCCGACGCUCAACAUGAUCAACCAAGACUUCGCCGAGUUCCCGGAGCAUCGUGCUGGCUUCUUCAAGCUGCUACGGGCGAUUAACCUCAACUGCUUCCCAGCCUUGCUCACUGUGCCUCCGCAACAGUUCAAGCUGUUCAUGGACAGCAUCAUCUGGGCGAUAAAGCACACGAUGCGAGAUAUUGCAGAGACCGGGUUGAACUUGUGUCUCGAGGUCGUCAACAACUUUGCGGGUGCUGACCCACAGGUGUCAAACGCCUUUUUCCAGCAAUAUUUCCUCAGUAUCAUGCAAGAUAUCUUCUUUGUGCUCACCGACACCGACCACAAGAGCGGCUUCAAGCUCCAGUCUUUGUUGCUUGCUCGCAUGUUCCAGCUGGCUGAGACAAAUGCGAUCACAGUACCGCUCUUCGACCCCGCGUCGGUGCCGGAUCCGUCAAUGGGCAACUCGAGGUUCUUGAAGGAGUACACCGCCAACUUGCUGAAAACUGCGUUCCCGCACGUGCAAUUGGGCCAGAUUCAGAACUUCGUGCUUCACCUGGCGGAGUACCACAGCGAUAUCAAUCGCUUCAAGCUGGCGCUGCGGGACUUCCUUAUUCAGCUCAAGGAGUUCUCUGGGGACAACGCGGAGCUAUUCCUGGAAGAAAAGGAGGCCGAGGCGCAACAAAAGGCCGAAGACGAGCGCAUGGCGGCAAUGCGCAUCCCGGGCAUGCUGAAGCCUUCGCAGCUAGAAGACAAGGAUGAGGAUAUCUGAAGGACUGCUCCGAAUACGCGCCGCUGUAUGAUAGACUCCGUCGACUUGGUGUCAUGAUUUGGUUCCACUGCUGCUGAAACGUACUGUAUUCUGCCUUCCCCAUGCCUCCACCACCCCACCCCCGUCCCUGUCCCCUGUCGCCGUCCCCGUCGCCCCUACCUCAUUGUAACUUUGUCUCGCAGCAGCAGUGUAUAAUCGCGCUAUCGUCAUCUCGCUGUUACCGCAUAUAUGUCCCACAUGUACAAGUAGCUUACGACAGGAAUACGAUCGAGGAUAAUGUAUCGUCUGCGCAUGUGUAUGCCCCUCCGGA